AUGGCUAGGGGCAAGAUUGUGAUUAGGAGGAUUGAGAAGAUGAGCAGCAGACAGGUCACCUUCUCCAAGCGGCGUCAUGGCCUGAUGAAGAAGGCACAUGAGCUGGCAAUCCUCUGUGAUGUCCAGGUCGGUGUCAUCGUCUUCUCCUCCACCGGUCGCCUCUACGAGUAUGCCAGCUCCACCACCACCACCACCAUGGGCAUGCCUUCCAUCAUUCAUAAGUACCAAUCUGCACAGGAGAACCACCAGCUGUUGAAUCCAGUGUCACAAAUCAUGUUUUGGGAAGGUGAAGUACGGAAAUUACAGCAGGAAAUGCAGAUACUUCAAGAUCAUCAUCGGAAGCUAAUGGGGGAGAGAUUAUCAAACCUAGGAGUCAACGACUUGUGUUUAUUGGAAAAUCAACUAGAGAAGAGCUUACGUUGUAUUAGAGAGAAGAAGGAACAAAGUUUUGCCAACUAUAUUGUACAACUCAAUGAAAAGGGAUAUAUCUUCCAUCAAGAGAAUUUUCAACUCUCCGAGGAAACAAAGCUUAUACAUGAACAAAACUUGGAAUUAAAGAACAAGCUAUAUGCAUUGAAUGGAUCUACUACGGGUGCAACAUGUUAUCAUCCAAGGCAGAGUAUAUAUGAAAAGUAUUAA